UUGUGCUUUUUUAUUUUUCUUUAUUAUUUUGUGUUUUUUUGUCAUUGCCAAUGAAUAUUAGAGUUAGGGACUUUUGAAGAUACACCAUUUUGAAGACUUUCCCAGCUUCCCUUUUCUUGGUUUGGUGUCUGUUUAAUUUGAAUGCAUCUCUGAAGACUCACUACUCUGUUUCUAUGAAGCAUGUAUGACUCAAUAAGCCCAAGCCCAACCAAAAUGUCAUUAGCCUCUCUUUGACAAGAGAAAUUCUCUCUGUCUCUACCAUUAUUGAUUGAUCGUACAAUGGGAGAUCCGCUGCUGCUCCAUUGAUCUGUGAACUUGCUACGGCGAUUCGCUCCAUCGAUCCGUGGACUUUCUCCGGCAACUUGCUCAAUCAACUUGCUUUGACUUUCUAUGGCCACUGCUGAGGCAAGAAGCAUGAAAAUGGGCAUCAUAACUCAGUUGUUCAUUUGUUUUCUCUGUACAUUUGUUUUCUUUUGAAGAGGAAGAUUAAGUCCUGAUAUAUAAGUCAUCUAGGAUUACAUGGAAGAUUACGAGAUUAAAGUUCCUUUCCAGUCUCUUGAAGCUCUAGGGUGCCAUGUUGAUGCAGUUUGCCCCAAAAAGAAGGUUGGUGAUACCUGUCCAACUGCUGUGCAUGAUUUUGAAGGUGAUCAAACAUACAGUGAAAAGCCAGGCCAUGAUUUCGUGUUGACUGCUAAUUUCGAAGGUUUAGAUGCAUCAAGUUAUGAUGCUCUUGUUAUCCCCGGAGGACGAGCUCCAGAGUAUCUAUCACUGGAUAAGGAAGUCAUUGCCAUAGUGAAGCACUUUAUGGAAGCCAAUAAGCCUGUUGCAUCUAUCUGCCAUGGCCAACAGAUUUUAUCUGCUACUGGGGUCCUGCAGGGGAGGAAAUGUACUGGAUACCCAGCUGUAAUGACAGAGAGAAUUGCUCUUGUCAAAGAGAAGCAUUACUUUGGUGGAACAAACUUUGGUCGGACUUCCGGCAGAGCGUUCUAUAUUACUAGUUAUGAUUAUGAUGCUCCAAUUGAUGAAUAUGGCUUACUGAGUGAGCCUAAAUGGGGACAUCUAAAGGAUCUGCAUGCUGCUAUAAAACUCUGUGAACCUUCUCUGGUUGUUGCUGAUUCACCCCAGUAUAUUAAAUUAGGACCAAAGCAAGAGCUUAGGAAUAUAAGAACUGGGGCAACCAUAACAACAAGGAUUGUGGAUCAGUGCAGCAAUGGGGGCUUAGAUUUGGACUUUAACACUAUAUUUAAGCCAUUAGACACCGAUGGAAUUGGAUAUCAACAGGGUUCUCUCCAAGUGGGCUACACAUUUGUCAAUUGUGGGGAUUAG